CUUCCGGCGCUGUAGGUCACGGGUGUCUAGGUCCUGGUUGUUCUUUGCACUGGCACGUGUGCAUCUCUGCGGUACCCGCCUUUGCGAUGUUCCCCCUGUUGCGCCGCCUGCCCCACGCCCUGGGCACCGCUGUCACAGGCCUCCGCGUCACUGCGACCCCGCAGCUCAGGCAGCUGCUGCAGCCGGCGCCCCGGCCAAGCCCGCGGCUCUUCGGGCUGCUGUCGGUGAGCGCAGGGUCGCCGCGCCAACCCGGCCUCUUGCAGCCUACCGGGCCAUGCGCCUGCGGCUGCGGCCUCGGAGCGCUGCACACCGAAGGAGACAAAGCUUUUGUUGAAUUUCUUACGGAUGAAAUUAAAGAGGAAAAAAAAAUUCAGAAGCAUAAGUCCCUUCCCAAGAUGUCUGGGGGCUGGGAACUGGAAGUGGAUGGGACAGAAGCUAAAUUAGUGCGGAAAGUUGCUGGGGAAAAGAUCACUGUCACUUUCAACAUUAACAAUAGCAUCCCGCCAACUCUAGAUAUUGAGGAGCAGUCCUCAGAGGGGCAAAAGAGUGAAGAACAAGAGCCUGAACUGACAUCAACUCCCAAUUUUGUGGUAGAAGUUACCAAGAGUGAUGGCAAGAAGGCUCUUGUACUGGACUGUCACUAUUCAGAGGACGAGAUUGGAGAAGAGGAGGCAGCUGAAAAUGACAUUUUCUCUAUCAAGGAAGUUAGCUUUCAGGCCACAGGCGACUCUGAAUGGAAGGAUACUAAUUACACACUUAACACAGAUUCCUUGGACUGGGCCUUAUAUGACCACCUAAUGGACUUCCUGGCCGACCGAGGGGUGGACAACACUUUUGCAGAUGAGUUGGUGGAGCUCAGCACAGCCCUGGAACAUCAAGAGUACAUUACUUUUCUUGAAGACCUCAAAAGCUUUAUCAAGAGCCAAUAGAGACACU